AUGGUUAUCAAUGGUGGAGACCAGGAGGUGGACAGCGGCCACAGCACAGAGAUGCAACAGAUAAACAGUGAGAGGUUCGGCCACUUUUGCGCGCUCGACAGCCUUGUCCGGGUGCCUCCCCGGGAGUGGGGUGAGCCUAACCUUGCUUACCAGCAUCUGCGCCUCCGCACACCGCGAAGGCGCCCACUUGGAGGUGCGGCCACGGCCGGGGCAGGCGGCAGUACGCCGUCAGGUAAAGGGAAGAAAGGAAAAGGCCGGUCCAAAACCUCCGGGAAAAAGCAGAAGCAGAAGAAGCCGGAAGCAGACAUCCUCAGCCCUGCCGCAAUGUUGAACCUCUACUACAUUGCUCACAAUGUUGCCGACUGCCUGUACCUGCGGGGCUUCCCUUGGCCAGGGGCUCCCAAAGGGAAAAAGGGGAAAAAAUAAGAGUUAGGUGAUAGAAUUCACAGCGUGCCUUGAUCCCAAAGAACAGAAAGCAGGAGAAUGUAUUUAGGAUAACUCAGGACUGCGGGGGGCAAAAACAGGCUCUAAAAGACAAGUAGAAGCAUGUAGCCACUGUGCUUUUCUGUGACAAAUAAAGACAAACACAGUUUUUAUUUCCACAGCAAAGCCAGGCACUAGGUAAGCCACUUUGGUUUUUCAGAAGUAAUCAGGAAAACCAAAGCCAAGUAGUUCAUAAAGGCUCCCCUGGCAUUGGUAGUAAUUUUUUUUAAAUAUUAUAAUCAUAAUUCUAGACUGAAUUAAACCUCGUUCUCAGAAGGCA